AUGGGCCGGCAUUUGCGAGCAAGUAGUUUCAAGAGUCUGUAUUGCGAAAUGCUAUUAAGCAUAACUGUACCGUAUCACUCUGCGUCAAACGAGGCGGCGGAGAAUGCUGUGCGCACUUUUAAAAAGAAGUUUAAAGUACUGUUUAAGGAUAAUAUGAAACACGAUGCUUUAUGUAAAUAUUUGUUUUAUUAUCGCUCGACACCACAUUGUACGACGGAAAAGACACCAGCGGAAUUGCACUUAAACAGACGUUUAAGAACGAGACUAGAUAUAAGAAGUAGAGUUGAGCAGAAGCAAAGUGAUGAGCAACGUUUUUUUAGGGGCAAUCGUGCAGUUAUUUUUGGAAUUAACGACUCGGUGAUGGCUAAAGAUUAUAGGAUUAAGUCGUGGAGACAAGCAACAAUUGUUGAACAAACUAGUCCGGUUACUUAUGAUGUUAAAACUGAUGACGGAUGUAUCUGGAGACGUCACAUUGAUCAAUUGCGGAUAUGUAAUCUGCGUUCAUCGGUAUCUAGUACGAUCAAGAGCUGGAACUACUGA